AUGGUUGAUCGUUUCCGGAACUACGGUCGAGGGCUGAUAGUAACCACGGCCGCGCUCGUAUUCCUGGCUGGAUGCGAGAGCAUCGAACAGGCUGACGCCGAUAUCGGAAGGAUAACGGUUUCCGCGGAAGAAAAAGCGGCGGCACUGAGAAACGCACAGCGGGCCAAUGUCAUCGAAGAACCCGCGCCCUACUACGGUGAGGCCGUCGCGCGGCCGGUCGUUUCGGUGAACAGAGGCUCUGCGCUUCCGCGUAAGCUGCAGUCGUCGUCAGGCGUUGCGCUCAGGAUCUCCCAGCCCUCGGGCAUCAAUCGCAUCGCAAAAUCGAUCCAGGACGCGACCGGUCUGCCGGUGCGCAUCCGGCGGCGCUAUGUCGGCGAGGACAAUCUCGUGGAAGAUAUACCGAUCGACGGGACGAUGACCGUCGAUCACAAGGGCCCGCUUUCAGACCUUCUCGAUGCGGUCGCCUCGCGGUUCGAUCUCCACUGGUCCUUCGAUGGACGGAGCAUUCGCCUCGAUCGAAUGCAGACCGCGACCUAUCCGAUCAGCCUUCCCGUGGCGGCGGGGAACUUCCAGUCAACGGUCGGCGCUUCGCUAUCCGGCGGGUCUUCGGGCGGGGCGCGUUCGGUCUCGCUGAGUUCAUCGGCGGAACAGGAUCCCUGGUCCGAGCUGAUGGAGCUCAUGGGCCAGGUCGCGCCUGCGCCGAGCCGUUUCAUCGCUUCGCGCGACAGCGGACGUCUGACUGUCGUCGCGCCUCCGUCCGUUCAGGCGACGGUGAAGGCGAUCAUCGACGAUUUCGAGAAGAGCUUCUCGGCGCGCAUCGGCCUCGAGAUCGCGCUCUUCUUCGUCGAUACGUCGCUGACGGACGACUAUGCGCUCGGGCUGGAUUUCAAUCUGGCGUUCGACGAUGCGGCGUUCAGCAUCACCGGUGGGGCGGGAGCCACGCUCGGCGGUCCCGCGGUUGGAUCAAUCCAGAUCCUCUCCCCGGCGUCGCUCGCCGGCACCGCCCUCGACAUUCGCGCAUUGUCCCGCUCGCGGGCCGUCGUCGACUAUCAGUUCUUUAGCGAUGUGACGCAGUCAGGCGUCGUCGCGCCCUUCGUUCGUUCGCGAACGCAGAACUUCGUAUCGAACGUCACGACGUCAACGAAUGACAGCUCGACGCAGACCGGCAUCGAGACGGAUACGAUCGACACCGGCGUCUUCGUUUACGCGCUUCCCCGUCUGAUCGGCGACGAUCGCAUCCACCUCACCACGACGAUCAUGCAGUCGGACCUGGUCGCGCUCGACAGUUUUCAGUCGGGCGACGGCACCGUCCAGCUGCCGCAGAUCGACGAGCGCGUGACGCAGAAGUCCAUCGUUCUCUCUCCCGGAGAGACCUUGAUCCUCUCCGGCUAUGAGCAGGAAAGCGCGGAACGCCGCGACGAUGGGGUAGGACAGUCGGACUUCUUCGGCCUCGGCGGAGCCCGCUUCGGAGAUACGAGCCGCACGCGCCUGAUCGUCAUGGUGCGACCGUCGAUCAUCCCGUCGGCCAGCCGGACCCUCAAAGUGGCGGCCGCGCAGUGA